CCGCUUUAACGAUGCUCUGCGCGGGAUGCGGUGACGUCACCGCCCCUCCCCUCGAGGCUGCGGCGCCGCCAGGACCGGGGCGGUGGGGGACCGGACCGGGACCGGGACCGGGACCGGGACCGCAGGAGCCGAGGGAUGCGCCGGGCCGCACCCACAGGGACGCCCAGCAGCCCCCGCUGCCAUGAUCCCCCCGGCCAGCGGCACCCCUCCGGGAGAGGCACUCUUGCCCGGCGUGGCUGCCCAGGACUUCUGGAGGUCGCAGGUCUCGGCCUACUCAGGCUCCGUGACCCGUCACAUCAGCCACCGGGCCAACAACUUCAAACGGCACCCCAAGAGAAGGAAGUGCAUCCGGCCCUCCCCGCCCCCACCGCCCAACACCCCCUGUCCCAUCGAGCGGGUGGACUUUGGGGACCUGCACCCCCAAAGGUCCUUCCGGGAGCUGCUCUUCAACGGCUGUGUCCUGUUUGGCAUCGAGUUCAGCUAUGCCAUGGAGACGGCAUAUGUGACACCAGUGCUGCUGCAGAUGGGCCUGCCCGACCAGCUCUACAGCCUCGUGUGGUUCAUCAGCCCCAUCCUCGGGUUCCUGCUGCAGCCUCUGUUGGGCGCUUGGAGUGACCGGUGUACCUCAAGGUUUGGAAGGAGACGCCCUUUCAUUCUUGUGCUGGCAAUAGGGGCGCUGCUGGGCCUCUCGCUCCUGCUGAAUGGCAGAGACAUCGGCACGGCCCUGGCUGACACGGCCACCAGCCACAAGUGGGGCAUCCUGCUGACUGUGUGCGGCGUGGUGCUGAUGGACUUCAGCGCCGACUCGGCUGACAACCCCAGCCACGCCUACAUGAUGGACGUGUGCGGCCCGGCGGACCAGGACCGCGGCCUGAACAUCCACGCCCUCCUGGCGGGUCUGGGUGGAGGGUUUGGCUAUGUAGUUGGCGGAAUCCACUGGGACAGAACCGGCUUUGGGAGAGCGCUGGGGGGCCAGCUCCGCGUCAUUUACAUCUUCACCGCAGUCACCCUGAGCAUCACCACAGUGCUGACCCUGGUCAGCAUCCCUGAGCAGCCACUGCAGCCCCCGGGGGAGAAGAGGCCAAGCAUGAAGAGCCCCAGCCUCCCGCUGCCCCCGUCACCACCCAUCCCGCAGGAGGGAGACACUGGGGGUGAGGGCCUCCCUGCCCACGAGGCCCCCGGCCUCUACGCCAGCUUCUCCACGCCCAUCUCCCCGCCCAGCCCGCUCACACCGAAGUAUGGCAGCCUCAUCAGCAGGGACAGCUCCCUGACAGGCAUCAGCGAGUUCGCAUCCUCCUUUGGCACCUCCAACAUAGACAGCGUCCUCAUCGACUGCUUCACGGGGGCCCAGGACCACUAUCUGGCCCUCCCGGCCAGCGUCCCCCGCCAGGCCAUCAGCGUCAGCUUCCCCCGGGCCCCAGAGGGCUUCUACCAUCAGGACCGGGGGCUGCUGGACCGCAGGGACGGCAGCCUGGCCUUCGGCGAUGGGGACGUGCUGAGGGUGGGGUCCCUGGAUGCCCCCAAGCCUCGGGCCUCCGGGAUCCUGAAGAGACCCCAGAGCUUGGCCCUCCCCGAUGCUGCUGGGGGAGGCGGCCCUGAAACGAGCAGGAGAAGAAAUGUGACCUUCAGCCAACAGGUUGCGAACAUCCUGCUCACCGGCGUGAAGUAUGAGAGCAAGCUGACAGGCUCCGGAGAGCCGGCCGAGCAGCCCCUGUCCCUGCGCCGCCUCUGCGCCACCAUCUGCCACAUGCCCAAGGCCCUGCGCAACUUGUGUGUCAACCACUUCCUGGGCUGGCUGUCCUUCGAGGGGAUGCUGCUCUUCUACACCGACUUCAUGGGCGAGGUGGUGUUCCAGGGGGACCCCAAGGCCCCGCACGCAUCCGAGGAGUACCGGAAGUACAACAGCGGGGUGACCAUGGGCUGCUGGGGCAUGUGCGUCUACGCCUUCAGUGCCGCGCUCUACUCAGCCCUCCUGGAGAAGCUGGAAGGGUGCCUGAGCACCCGCACCCUCUACUUCAUUGCCUACCUUGCCUUCGGCCUGGGCACCGGGCUGGCCACGCUCUCCAGGAACCUCUACGUGAUCCUGGCGCUCUGCACCACCUACGGGGUGCUGUUCUCCACGCUGUGCACGCUGCCCUACUCACUGCUGUGUGACUACUACCAGAGCCAGACGUUCGCAGGGUCCAGUGCAGAUGGCUCAAGGCGCGGCAUGGGCGUGGACAUCUCCCUGCUCAGCUGCCAGUACUUCCUGGCCCAGAUCCUGGUCUCCCUGGUACUAGGGCCGCUGACCUCAGCUGUGGGCAGCGCCAGCGGGGUGAUGUACUUCUCCAGUCUCGUGUCCUUCCUGGGCUGUGUGUAUUCUUCUCUGUUUGUAAUCUAUGAGAUCCCCCCGGGGGACGCAGGGGACGAGGAGCACCAGCCCCUCCUGCUGAACGUCUGAUGCCCGCCAUCUCGACUCUGGGCUUGUGCCUGCACCUGAGACCUGAGGGCGGGCUCCCUGGAAUGUAAAUAUUGGGUAAAAUAAAGGACAGCAGAAAAGCC